CGUGACUUCAUCUGUUGUUUCACUUUCCUUCGAGUUUGUGGCUGCACAGCGGCAAUUUGGCAGAUGAUAAACAUCGUCAACUGAGCUUUAAAAUAAGCGUUAUUUUUCUAUACAUAUUUCUUUCAUUGCCUAUGCUGAAAUCUUUCGAAUUAAAUAUUACCCAUAGUUGUUUUUUAGUCGUUUGAAUUGCUUCAAAAAAUCUCACUUCCUUAUGAUGCCAGUGCGCAAAGAAGAUGCUGAGAGAGCUCUACAGCUUCUUGAAGGUUAUAGAACGAAGUUAACAAAGCCUCAAGACCAAGCCCUGAGGAAUGCCAUCGAGCGAGUUAUCAAAAUAUUUCAAAGCAAUUUAUUUCACUCUUUACUUGACAUACAAGAAUAUUAUGAGACGUUGCUGACAUUAGUCGAUGAAUCGAAACAUGCAGAUGACUUAUUGGUAGAAAUGGAUAGCCAUGAAGUGGCAAAAAAAUGGGAAAAUUCUCCAUCAAGUUACAAUGGUUUUCAGCAUCAUGUUUCCAGUGUUAUAAAACCUCCACCUGUUAUAUCAAUUACAACUGCUCCUGAUGAAACUCCUUUGGCUUUAAGUGAGACAUCAACUAUGCAGGAUGAUAGUGAUGAGGUUAACGUACCAGGAGACUUUGAUUAUGAGGAAAUAGUACUUGAAAGAGGCACAACUGGUUUGGGUUUUAGUAUUGCUGGUGGCACUGACAAUCCACAUUAUGCAAAUGAUUCAGGCAUCUUCAUCACAAAAAUCAUUCCCGAAGGAGCUGCUGCUUAUGAUGGUCGAUUAAGGGUUAAGGAUUGCAUCUUGUCAGUAAACAACACAAGCACUGUAAAUGUGCCUCAUCAAGUUGCUGUGGAUGCAUUAAAAGUGAGUUCAGGUGUGAUCACACUUCAAGUUAAGAGACCUAAAGAGCAAACAGCUGCUUGCAAGAGCCUUGAAAUAACUUUAUCAAAGGGGACAAAAGGUCUGGGUUUCAGUAUUGCUGGUGGUGUUGGUAAUCAGCAUAUCCCAGGAGAUGAUGGUAUCUUUAUAACUAAGAUUAUUGAUGGUGGUGCUGCAAAGUAUGAUGGAAGACUGCAAGAGGGCGACAAGAUAUUAAGUGUGAAUGGUGUAUCGUUGAAUAGUGUCACACAUGAGCAAGCUGUUGGGAUACUUAAGUCAUCGAGUGAUACAGUUGUAUUGCUUGUUCACAGAGAUACAUCUUCAUUUGUUUAUCAAGGAUCAUCUGCCCCACAGACACCUACUGAAGAUGCAGAAGAAGAAGAAGAAGAAGAAGAAAAUAAAAAUGGAGAAGAUUUUGCCAAUGAUAGCCAUCCACCAACUUAUGAUGAAGCUGUAAAUAACUCUGACGAGGGAAACCAGGAAUCUUUGUCUGAAAAAACUCCGUCGGUUAAUGGCGUUGGUGAAUCAUUAUCGCCUGCACCUGUUGUAAUUAUUGAUGAGGAAGAGCUUUCCAGGGAUAAAAGAACAGUUGUACUUACUAAAGGACCUUCUGGCCUGGGUUUUAAUAUUGUCGGAGGCGAAGACUGCGAAGGAAUUUUUAUUUCUUUUAUUUUGGCUGGUGGAGUUGCUGAUCUCAGUGGAGAAUUAAGAAGAGGAGAUCAAAUUUUGUCGGUCAACGAUAUAGAUUUAACAAAUGCAACUCAUGAACAAGCUGCUGCAGCUUUGAAAGGUUCUGGCAGUACUGUCACAAUUAUUGCCGAAUAUAAACCUGAAGAAUACAACAAAUUUGAAGCAAAGAUUCACGAUCUUCGAGAAAAAUUGAUGAACACUACAAAUAAUACAGGAUCCCUUAAAACGUCUGCAAAGAGGCAGUUGUAUGUUAGAGCGUUAUUUGACUACGACAGAUCUAAGGACAGCGGUUUGCCAAGCCAGGGUCUGAGUUUUAAUUACGGCGAUAUACUUCAUGUAACCAACGCUAGCGACGACGAGUGGUGGCAAGCGCGAAGACUAGGUCCUGAUGGGGAAGAGGAAUCGAGAGGAGUGGUACCGAGCAAGAAGAGAGUUGAACGUCGUGAACGAGCUAGAAUGAAAUCAGUGAAGUUCAAACGAGAACAAGGCAACAACCUUCAGGGAUCAUUUCGUGAUGGUAAAAAACUUAGUUUCAAUUUGAAAAAGUUAUCAUUCUUAAGUAAAAAAGAAUCGGAAAAUGAGACAAGUGACAUAGAUCCAAGUUGCACUUCAAAUCCUAGUGAUAGUGAAAGUAAUUAUAGUCUUCGUGAAGAUUCUAUUAUGUCAUAUGAGCCAGUCACUCAGCACGAACUUCGGUAUGCUAGACCUGUGAUUGUCCUUGGACCACUUAAAGAUAGAAUAAAUGAUGAUCUCAUAUCAGAAUUUCCAGAUAAAUUUGGUAGCUGUGUUCCACAUACUACUCGUGCAAGACGAGAAUAUGAAGUUGAUGGACGAGAUUAUCAUUUUGUCAGCUCCAGAGAAGAAAUGGAACGUGCUAUUCAAGAUCAUCAUUUCAUCGAAGCAGGACAAUACAACGAGAAUCUUUAUGGCACUAGUGUCUCAUCUGUCAAGGAGGUUGCAGAUAAGAACAAACAUUGUAUUCUUGACGUAAGUGGUUAUGCUAUUAAAAGGCUUCAAGUAGCUGAGCUGUAUCCUAUAGCUAUUUUCCUCAAACCAAAAUCUGUGGAAACUUUGAGAGAAAUAAACAAACGAAUAACAGAAGAACAGGCAAUAAAAACGUACGAUCGAGCGCAGAAACUGGAACAGGAAUUUGCGGAGUAUUUUACCGCUUUGGUAUCUGGAGACACAUACAAUGAUAUAUAUAGUCAAGUGAAGGAGAUAAUUCGUCAACAAUCCGGUCCGGUGAUAUGGAUUCCAUCGAAUGAAAAAUUAUAGGUCGUACAUAGACACUCCCCCCCGGUACUAUUUUAUAAUUUUUAUCACUAACUGUAUAUGAUCUUUGAAGAAUGCAUGGCUGUCUUGAGGAAUUAGGAAGUUAAAUAGUUUUUUUUAUUUUCUUAACAUCCCAAAUUCUAUUAACAUAAAUCAUGAGUCGUUACGAGGUAGUUCAUGUUGUCAUGCCAACUGGUCAUACCUUAUAACUCGUAGAUGCAAUAGCGUGGUGAAAGACCUAUAAAUAUUACGAAUUUUGCCACAAAACAUAUUACCGAAAUUUAAUACGAAAACUGCCUGUAUGACUGUUUUAGAAUAUCUGAACUUUAGGAAUAUCAUUUCUCUGUCGCGUGUGGCUUAUGACGUCGCACAUAAUGGGUAGAAAAUAUGAAGUAUGCACUGUGGUUGAAUGUAUCAACAAACAGUUUGAAUAUUUUAAAGUAGUUUUAUCGAUUUUAAAUACGUAGAAAUUUAAUCGCAUCUUAUCAACACAUAAAUAAGUCUUAUGUCGUACAAGUUAGUAAUUUUGAUCAAUAAAAUACAUAUUUAUAUAAA